UGGAAGUCGAUCUAAUAUUUUGGUAACCCACAGCAUAGUCUUCUCUUUUCAGCAGGAGCCAUUUGCUUUCCAACCUGUGUUUUCCCUCGAUUGUAUUUGACAAAUGGCUAAAGGCCUGUUUUGUCUGCAUGCUGUUUUUUCGCUGAAAGAUUUGCCUCGCGUUCCCGACUGUAGGCUAUUCCUUGUUAUUUGGCUACAAUCCACAGCUAGGCUAUUUAAAAAAAGAAGCUAUAGAUCCUCUGUGGCUAAAGUAUAGGCCUUCCCAUGGUGUAGUAGGCUAUUCUGAAUUAUUUCAUUUGUUUCUGAACAGACAGUGGUAAUUAUAUAACUUUGGCAAAUGCAUAUACACUCAUCAGGCAGGGGUGCUGCAGUUAAGAUCCCUUCGCGCGAUUCUAUAAGGAAAUACAUAUAGUGCAACACUGGAGAGUUGCAGGCUCAUGUCUAUCAGAGCAGAGAGGGAGAUAUCAUAUGAAGUUAAUCUCAUUCUAGUUAUGUGAGGGAUACUGGCACGCUUCUCACACAGCCACCGCCACACGUUGGUCUCAAACAUAGGUUACAAUGUUGAGCAAAUCAUAAAUCCGACCCAGCCCACCCCGAAUCAACUCUUAGAAUAUUAGGCCCGGGCUGAAAAGCAACUUUUUCAUAUUACGUUUUUUUGUGGGGGCAGGAGAAUUAACGAAUUGGCAACUCGAAUGAACUUUGAUCACUUUUCUUAGAAUUUUUACAUAGCAAAAAGUGUGAGAAUAAAAAUGAAUGCCUAUAUGUCAAUUCCCUGGCUAUUGAGCGCUGCUGGUGCACGAUAUUAAAUGUUGGAGGACCGCGCGUGCGGGCUCCCAAUUGCGCAUUCGUGGAUGGCGUCAGUAACCAAAGAGGGUCGCGGUGUAGAGUAGAUCUAUAUGAUAUAUAUCACCUCCUCCGCCCCGCUCAAACCUCGACCAGGGAACGAAACACCGGUACAUGAGCGGGAGGACACCAUUCAGAAAACCAACCCACAACUGACAGCUUUAUCGCCGUUGAGAACACAGGUAUCUGUGAAAUAUUGUUUGAGUCCAGAGAUACCAGAAAGAAGCUACUGACACAGGUUACUGCUGGAGAGGGCACACCAAUAAACACACAUCACAAAGGUACACACAGCUUAUACAGCUAUGGAGGAUUACUCUUCAUUCAUCAUCUGCCUGGUCCAUCUGAAGUCCUACAUGGUUUGAGUGAUGGACUUGUCUAACUGUACAGAGGGGGUCUUCUCCCUGGGUGGGGGUGAGGAGGGGGAUGGGGGUUCUAUAACCCCACCAAGUAAAAUCAUCCUCACCCUCACCCUGUCCCUGCUCGCUGUCAUGACAAUGGUUAUCAACUCCCUGGUGAUCACAGCCAUCAUCGUAACCAGAAAGUUACAUCAUCCGGCCAACUACCUGAUCUGCUCUCUGGCGGUGACGGACCUGCUGGUGGCCAUCUUGGUCAUGCCCUUCAGCAUCCUCUACAUACAGAGGGAAAGCUGGGUGAUGGGUGAGGCUGUCUGUAAUGUUUGGCUGAGUGUUGACAUCACCUGCUGCACUUGUUCCAUCCUCCACCUGGCAGCCAUCGCUCUGGACCGCUACUGGGCCAUCACUGACGCCGUGGAGUACUCACGCAAACGCACCGGCCUCCGAGCUGGCAUCACUGUCGCCGUCGUCUGGUUCCUGUCCGUCCUCAUAUCCCUUCCCCCUCUGCUGUGGAGGAACCAUGGUGGGGGGCCAGAGGAGGACCAGUGUCUGAUAACGCACCACCACAUCGCCUUUACCCUCUACUCCACCCUGGGAGCCUUCUAUAUUCCCCUGCUCCUCAUCCUCAUCCUCUACUAUAAGAUCUACAGAGCAGCUCAGACUCUGUACCUCCGGAGGGGGGCCAGCAGAGCCAGCCAGCACUCCUCCAUGGUCAACGGAACCUCCCUCCCCUCCUGCCCCACUGAAGGAGACCCCCAGAGCCCAGACACCCUGAACCCCCCGGAAAAGUCCUACUCAGACCCCUCCACGGAGGGCGACCGCGUGCGCAUCGCCGUAAAAAGUCCCCAGAGCGAGUCGAGGCGGGAGCGUGAAUGUGGGUUGAGACGGCAGCGUAUCUCAGGGACCAGGGAGCGGCGCGCUGCAUCUACGUUAGGACUGAUACUGGGGGCCUUCGUGGUCUGCUGGAUGCCUUUCUUCCUGAAGGAGGUGAUCGUCAACACAUGUGGCUCAUGCAACACCUCCAUAGAGCUGGCUGACUUCCUCACCUGGCUGGGGUACCUCAACUCCCUUAUCAACCCUCUCAUCUACACUAUCUUCAACGAAGACUUUAAGAAGGCCUUCCAGAGACUGGUCAGGUGUAGGCUUCGCCUCUGACACGGGUAGAGAGGACACACAUUUGUUUUUUAUUUAACCUUUAUUUAGGCAGGGUGGAGUCCAAUUUAGACAAAGGUACCUCACACAAACAAUUAUCUGUAGGGUCGCUAAGUCGAACAGUGAAUAUCAAACACAGAUUCAACCACAAAGACCAGUGAGGUUUUCCAAUCUCUCGCAAAGAAGGGCACUUAUGGGUAGAAAACGACAUUGAAUAUCCAUUUGAGCAUAGUGAAGUUAUUCAUUACAAAUACUACAAAUACAGGCGUCCUUCCUAACUCAGUUGCCAGAGAGGAAGAAAACCACAAUUUCACCACGAGGUCAAUGCUGACUUUAAAACAGUUACAGAGUUUAAAGGUACAAUAUUCAGAAAUCACUCCGCCAUUUCCUGGUUGCUGAAAUUCUAAUACUUUGCCUAAUUUCAGUUUGUGACAAAACAAGCAAUUUAUAGUGUAGAGAAUCAUUGCACCAUCUAAACAGCUGUGAAAAAUCUUUACAAUAACCAAAAUAUUGUAUUUUCAAAUGUUUGAAGCUGGUUUACAUAACUGAAAGUAAAAGACGCAAAAGCGAUACUUAAGAACGAGAAGCAUAGAAAUAGAACACAGAACAGAUCUACCGCUUCUUACGUUUGCUUUCAAUGAGAAUUAGUCUAUAACUCACAUUUCUAUGUGCAUUUUGUCGGGUCGCCCAAAAAUGUACGUAUUGAAACUUUAAUGGCUGUGAUAGGAGAAAACUGAGGAUGGAUCAACAUUGUAGUUACUCCACAAUACUAAACUAAUUUACAGUGUGAAAAAAAGGAAGCCUGUACAGAAUACAUAUAUUUCAAAACAUGCAUCCUGUUUGCAACAAGUCACUAAAGUAAAACUGCAAAAAAUGUGGAAAAGAAAUUAACUUUACAGUGCCCUCAAAGUAUUCAUACCCUUUGACUUAUUUCACAUUUUGUUGUGUUAUAGCCUGAACUCAAAAUGGUUUACAUUUUACUUACAUUUUGUCUCACACAUCUACACAAAAAAAAACAUAAUGACAAACUAAGUAUCAACCCCCUGAGUCAAUACAUGUUAGAAUCAACUUUGGCAGCAAUUACAGUGAAUUUUUCUGGGUAAGUCUCUAAGAGCUUUGCACACCUGGAUUGUACAAUAUUUGCACGUUCUUAAAAAAAGCAUUCAAGCUCUGUCAAGUUGGUUGUUGGUUGUUGAUCAUUGCUAGACAGUCAUUUUCAAGUCUUCAUAUAUUUUCAAGUCGAUUUUAAGUCAACUAUAACUAGGCCACUCCAGGAACAUUCAAUGGCAUCUUGGUAAGCAACUUCAGUGUAUAUUUGGCCGUGUGGUUUAGGUUAUUGUCCUGCUGAAUUUGUCUCCUAGUAUCUCUUGGAAAGCAGACUCAACCAGGUUUUUUUCCUAGGAUUUUGCCUGUACUUGGCUCUAUUUCAUUUUCUUUUCAUCCUAAAAAAAACCUAUCUAUUCUUGCUGAUGACAAACAUACCCAUAACACAAUGCAGGCACCACCAUGCUUGAAAAUAUAAGGAGUGGUACUCAUUGUGUUGGAUUUGCCCCAAACAUAACUCUUUGUAUUCACAUUUUUUGCCGUUUUCCUUUAGUGCCUCACUCUGUCCAUUAGGUUAGUAUUGUGGAGUAACUACAAUGUUGUUGAUCCAUCCUCAGUUUUCUCCAAUAAAACCAAUAAACUCUAACUUUUUUUAAAGUAACCAUUGGCCUCAAGGUGAAAUCCCUGAGCAGUUUCCUUCCUCUCUGGCAUUGGAGUUUGGAGGGUGCCUGUAUCUUUGUUGUGACUGAGUGUAUUGAUACUGUCACGUUGGUAUGAAGAGAUUCGGGAGACAGGCACAGGAAUGCGUAAUAUUUUUUUUUAUUAAGCCCAAAUUACAGCGUGCUGUGUAAAGGCACGGGAACGAAGACCAAACAAACACGUAACAAAAACAGGGUAGAAACCCAAAACAAAAAAUCGAAGAGUAACUUGAAUAAAUAACACACGCGCACAAUGAUUAACACACGGGAUGAGACCUGUAAUCAUCUGCGCAAUCCACAAUGGCACGAAAGCCUAAACACACAGCACAGGCACUCACACGCACCAACGGACAUUGUACCGAUAAUGGACAGCCCAAUGGAAACCAAAGGGCACACUUAUACAAGUACUAAUCAGUGGGAAUAGGGGACAGGUGUGCCUAAUGAAAAUUCCGGAGGGAUCCGUGACACCAUCCAAAGUGUAAUUAUGUAACUUCACAAUUCUCAAAGGGAUAUUCGAUGUCUGCUUUUUUACACAUCUACCAAUAGGUAGUCUUCUUUGCAAGACAUUGGAAAACUACCCUGGUCUUUGGUUGAAUCUGUGUUUGAAAUUCACUGCUCAACUGAGGGACAUUAUAGAUAAUUGUAUGUGUGGGGCACAGAGAUGACGUAGUCAUUCAAAAAUCACAAUAAACACUUUAUUGUACACAGAGUGAGUCCAUGCAGCUUAUUAUGGGUCUUGUUAAGUAUAUUUUUUCUCCUGAAUUUAUUUUGACUUGUCAUAAUAAAGAGGUUAUAUACUUUUUGACUCAAGACAGUUAAGCUUUUAAUUUAAAAAAAAUUGUAAAUACUUCUAAAAACAUAAUUAAUCUUUGACAGUAUUGUGUACAGGCCAUGCACACAAAAUCUAAUAUUAACCAAUUCUAAAUUCAGGCUGUAAAACAACAAAAUGUGGAUAAAGUCAGGGGUGUGAAUACUUUCUGAAGGCACUGGAUGUCCUGAAGUUGCUUACCAAGACAUCAUUGAAUGUUCCUGAGUGGCCUAGUUACAGUUUUGACUUAAAUCUACUUGAAAAUAUAUGGCAAGACUUAAAAAUGGCUGUCUACCAAUGACUAACAUCCAACUUGAGAGAGCGUGAAGAAUUGAAAAAAGAAUGCAAAUAUUGUACAAUCCAGGAGUGGAAAGCUCUUAAAAGACCCAGAAAGACUCCCAGCUGUAAUCGCUGCCAAAGGUGAUUCUAACAUGUCUUAACUAAGGGGGUUGAAUACUUAUCUAAUCAAGAAAUAUGAGUGUUUUAUUUUUUAUAAAGUUUUUACAAAUGUUUUUAUUUUUAUCCACCACAGAGUAUUUUGGGUAGAUCAUUGACAAAAAAUUACAAUGAAAUCCAUUUUAAUCCCACUUCGUAACACAACAAAAUGUGGAAAAAGUCCAGGGGCGGGAAUACUUUCUGAAGGCACUGUAAAUCUUUAGUGACAGAAGGAAUUUCAAGAGUUACCAUACCCGGUCACAGGGAUGGCGAGCUUGUACUUCUAUCGGUUAAUAACGAUGUUAGGUUGUUGUAAUGUUACAUGCACGCGCACACACACGCAAGCAUGUGCACGCCAUUCAGUUCAGAGUUGUGUUGGAUCCGGGAUAGCAUCCGACUGCCUGAGAUCAGAGACUAUCAACAGAAUAAACACAAGAGACUUUAAAUCUUUACCCGGAGGAAAUUACCUGUAAUACUCUGCCAAGACUAAUGGACACUCCAGCCAGGUCAGUCUAAUGGGACUGGCACAUUGCUGAGCUUUGGAAGAAAGUUAAGAGGACCUCAGAUCCAUAAGAGUCUAUUUAUAGAGAGCCAUGAGGUCAUCAUCUCCUUGAUGUUUGAUUGGGUUACUGUCGUAGUAGGGAUGGUGUUUUAAUGACAUUGAAGGGACGAUGUUUAAAUGAACAGACAGAAACUGGUUAAACUGUAGGAUGAAACUCUGGACUUAAACCAUCAGCCUCGAUCAUUGCAAGGUCUUAGAAUAGCUGAUCAUGGUGUUUCUGUCUGUUCUAUAACUACCAACCUCCCAAAGCUAGUAGACUGAAAUAUAACAUAUCAAAGGUUUUGACUUAUUCUCCAAACAAUAUUUGUUGUUAUCAUUGUUUUUGUUGAUGCUACAAAAGUAGUGAUUAAAGUUAUUAUGAUACUCAAUCAGUGUUGUUAAUAAGCUAGAUAUUCCACUUCUACAGUGCAAAUGUUGUGUUAUAUGCCAUAUGGGUGCUUUAUAUUCUGUGUCUUAAUACAGAGAUCUCUAUAGCUGAUUAAAGAGAGCUGAGAAAGUUGCUCCACCAUUGUCCUCCACGCAUAGCACAGAGAGCUCUGAUCCAGAGGCACAGCAGGCUAAUAAAUGUGUCAUUAAGAGAGGAGGUGCUAGAAUACGGAUUAUUUAACUCCCACUCAUAAACUUAGAAUAUGGUAGGAAUGCUUUUCUUACGGUAAGUACAGAGGGUAAUGUUUGUGAGGCAAAUGUAAGGAGAUUUGUUUUUGAAAUAAACAACACAAUGACAAGAUUUGAAAAUGUUAAUUUGAUACAGUGUGUUCUCUUGAAAAGAAAACGAUGCCAGAAAGAGGGGAGUCAUGGUGUUCUGGAAGAGUUCCAUCAGAUUAUGCCUCCCCAACAGAACGUGCCUCCACUCUGAUGGUUCUGUUACCUCAGUCUAUGGUUCCCUCCACACCCAGAUGGUAUUUAUGUAUCUAUAUCAGUCUAAAGAUGAGUUAUGUUAUGAUUCAUACAGUAUUAAUCAUAUCUCACCAUUAACCUAUAUGCAUUUAAACACCAUCUGGGUGAGGAACUAAUACAAUUUUACAUCAUUCUGAGGCAAAGAAUAGCUGGUCUUAACAGUAUCUUAAUAAUGUAUGCAUGUGAAUGUAUUAUUUUAC